AUGAAGUCCACCUUCUUCUCUCUUCUCCCCAUCGCGGGUCUCGCUGUUGCUGAGUCCGUCUGCUCCCAGCAGACUGUCACCACAACUGCAACUGAAACAGUGUACGAGACUGCAAAGCCCGUGGAUGUCGCCGACGCCACCGCUAGCAAGUCUGGCGCUUGCUCAUCCAGGAGCACUGUCUACACUACCACCUACGAGAAGGUUUAUGUCACUGUCACCCCCGGUGCUGGCUCUGCUACUCCCGACGCUGUCGAAGAUGUCACAUCCACCAGCACCAAGGAGAUCCUCACCACCGUCACCGUUCGCCCAACCGGUGCUCCUUAUGGCAACGCCACUACCUCUGCUCUCUUCAAGCCUGCAGGAUCUUCCGGCUCGCCCUCAUACCCUACCAUGAGCGUUCUCCCGACCACCAAGCUAGACUACAGCUCGCUUGCCUACACUCCCAUUCCCCAGAGUGAAGCAUCAAAGUCCUACGCUGCCGCGCAGUCAUCCAGCGCUGCCGCAGUGCCUGCCUCCGAGUCCAAGGCUCCAGCUCCUGCCGCAUCUCAAGCCGCGACUCCCGCUGACAAGGCUGCCGUCUCAUCUGCCGCCUCCAAGCGCGGCGAAGCCACUUUCUACGGCGGAAACACCGAAGGCGGAAUGUGCUCUUUCGUCGGCUACACCAUCCCCGCCGGUCUCUACGGCACCGCGCUCUCCGACUCCAACUGGGACAACGGCAACGCCUGCGGUGUGUGCGUCAGCGUAACCGGCCCCAACGGUAACAAAAUCACCGCCAUGGUCACCGACCAAUGCCCAGGCUGCGGCCCCAACCACCUCGACCUCUACCCCGACGGCUUCGCCAAACUGGCAGAACCCUCCAAGGGCAUAAUCAACGUCGACUGGACCCCCGUCCCCUGCGGCAUCACCACCCCCAUCGUCCUCAAGAACAAAUCCGGCACCUCCAAAUUCUGGUUCAGCAUGCAAGUCAUGAACUCCAACGUCGCCGUCUCCAAACUCGAAGUCUCCACCGACUCUGGCAAGACCUGGCAGCCGACUACGCGUAAGCCGUACAACUUCUUCGAGAACCCGGCUGGGUUUGGCGCGGAUAGCGUCGAUGUUAAGAUUACGAGUGAGGGCGGUAAGGAGAUUGUGGUCAAGGGCGUUAGUAUUGCGGCGGAUAGUAAGAAGACUGCUGGUGGCAACUUUGCUUAG